AUGACCCUAUCGCAACAGGUGGCAUUCCUGCAGCGUGGACUCACAAGCCUCGCUCGGACGCUGGUAAUGCGGAUGCCUCCAGUCGUCAUCAAUUUCGGCGCGGGGUCCGGCGGUGUCCGCGCUGACCCAGUCACAUGUCUCCUAUACUAUUUGGCCCAGCGGCCCGAGAGCCCAGAUGGCGAGAGACAUCUCCAACGAGGCCUCGAGCUGAAGAUUUUUCGUGCGCAGCCGCGCAAGCGCAUCGACAGCAUCUGCGCCAGAUGGGGAGAUGCCAGGGUGAAGGCUGACGCACCGGGCGUCGGCCUCGACGCCUUUCAGCUCCCAGUUGCCACCCUGGCGAAAGCCUUCCGCGCCCAACUGGAGAUGUUGCCGCUGAGCGGCAUAGCGCCGCGAAGCCAAAAGCAGCACGACGACCUUUUGGAGGCGUCGCGGCGACGGCUGCAUAUUUCGGAACGGACGCCGUCCGCAUGCGUCCCG